CAGCUAGGGCAAAUGUCUUUGAGAAUAAGCAAGAGGAAUAAUAUUUAAUCUAAAAAGAGAUGGAUCAUAAUAGAAAAACAAAUAUUAGGAAGCCUUCGAAGAGGAUGCAGACAUAGUAAGGUCGGGUCUUGCCAACCGGAGAGAGAUCCUUCCCAUUCGUAAAUAGGAGAGCUCGUUUGGGCUGGCUUUUCUCUCUGUUGUCUCAGAGCGGCAGAUGUGUGGAGUUCGAGGCGCGAGUGCAAUGGGUGUUAGGGCUUGACGAUCGGGGACGUCUAAUCUGUCAACAAAUCGUGACGAAACCAGAAUAAAAACGAAGAACGACGAUACAUUAUGGCAAAAGCAUUCUGCUUAGUUUUACGAUUAUUAUAAAGUUUUCACUCUUUACUUUUACUUCUACGAGUUUAUCGGCCCAAAACGGCAAAGAGAAAUUCUUCAUAAAAGUAGGCUAGUGCAUCUAAGGAAGAACCGUUGUGCGUUUGAGAAAACAGAGCGUGAAGAAAUGAGCAUUUUUUGUUGUUACGAUCGAACGAGUCAGGAAGUCAAGAAGAGACUACGAGAACGAGUCGUGGUUCAGUUUCAUAGUACUACUAAUAGAUGCAUGUUCACAUACAAACCUAUGGCAGUGAAAAGGCACGAGUGUUUUCAAUAGGAAAAUAUCCAAACAAUAUAUCUGAUAAGCUAAUUAAUUUAAUUAGUCCGUAAGAAAUUAUCUGUGGCAGAUAACAAGAUGUGACAAAGAGCACGAGAGGAGGGUGAUGCCGCCGAUAAUACGCAAGAAUUCCUUUGCUGCCACACCUUCAAUUUCAACUUCACCACAUAUGGUAGAGAUGUCCUCUACUCCUACAGGGGUCAAUAUGGCUUACUUAAAUCCUUCGGCAUCUACCUUAUUUGAAGGGAAUGCUACUAAAGACUCACAAAUAAUUGGAAUACGUAACUCCAUGUGUGCCUGGGAUCCAGAUGCUGCUAAUCUACUCAAGAUUGUCGAUACAGAGAAUUUGAAGGCGCUCCAGGAACUACUAACUAGCGGGGUCCACAUCAACGGCCAUGGAGGCUCAUUCCACGAGACUGCACUACAUCGAGCUGCUCAGUUAGGCUGGGCUGCUGGAGUGAACUACUUGGUAUCUGCUGGGGCUUCAGUCUAUGCUAAGAACCAGUUUGGUCAGACACCAUUACACUAUGCAGCCAAGGCUUCAAAAUCUACUGCAUGCAUCAAGUUGUUGUUGGAAACUGGUAGACCAGGGGUGCUAGACCACAGGGAUAUGCGUGGUCACACGCCCUUACACGAUGCUUCUGCCUCUGGCUGUGUGCCAGCAAUUAAUCUAUUGUUGAAGGCUGGUGCUCUAGUGAGUGCAAGAGAUGGUAAUGGAGAAACCCCACUGCAUAAAGCAGCAAGGGCAAGAUCUGUCCCAUCAAUGGUUGCUUUGCUUAAUGCAGGAGGAGAUUUAGCAGCAGUGGAUGGCAACGGAGAGUCAGUACUGUCAUAUGUUCUACACCAUCUUCCUGGCACAAUGGAUGCUGUGUUUGAUCACUGCUUAGUCACAAACUCACCUAAAACCAAUGCAAAAACUCUAGAAGUGACAAUGAACUUUUUGCCACUGACAGGUCCUUAUGAGAAAAAGCAGGUCCAGAAUCUUCAAACUUUUGUUCACCAAAGUCAUGCAAAGUUACUGACUCAUCCUCUGUGCGAAAUAUUUCUCCACUUAAAGUGGAUGAAUGUUCGAAAGAUUUUCCUUAUUGAGGUCAUUUUUUAUUUGCUAUAUGCAGUGCUUACUACAGUAAUGAUAUUUAAUAAAUUUGUGAGAAUUCCCAGUAAAUGUAACAGUGCAGACAAUAAUGUUACAUCUGGCGUUUUUGGGUUUGUGUGUGAAAAUGGUACAAACAGAGAUAAUGAGUCUAGUAUUGUGGAUGAAUGCCAAACGUGUGAAAAUAGUAUUUUGUACAUUAAAGUAUUGAAUGGAAUCGUAUUUACCUUGACUGCACUAAUAUUGGUACAGCAGUUACUCUCACUUCUUCAAAACAAGUUGGGCUGGUUUCGCUCACUCUCAGGAGUUCUGCAUGUUGUGAUAACACUUCUUGUUUUAGCUGUAAUACCUUAUCCUAUCCCUCAAAUAUGGCAGUAUCAUCUGGCAUCACUGCUGCUUCUUUUAAUGUGGACAGAAUGUAUGCUGUUAAUAGGUCGAUUCCCUAGCUGUGGAAUUUAUGUCGUCAUGUUCACUAGAGUUGCUAAAGUUUUCUUGAGGAUAUUUGCCAUCUACUUUUGCCUUCUACUUGCAUUUUCUUCAGCGUUCUAUAUCACAAUGCACUGCCAUAACAAAGUGAAAUCACCAGAUGAUGAAAAAACUAGCAGCUCUUCCGAUCAAUCCAAGGAGGAGGAGGAUGGCGAAAACACCAUAUUUUCCAACCCUAUUCUAACAUUCAUCAAAACCCUCACCAUGAUGAUUGGAGAAGUGGACUUCAGUGACCUUAAUGAAGGACUGUCACAUCUCCGGGUGACAGGUCACGUUAUCUUUGUACUCUUUGUCAUCCUUGUUUCCAUCAUCUUAUCUAAUCUGCUUGUUGCUCUGGCAGUCAACGAUGUUCAGGGAUUAAGGAACUCAGCCCACCUGGAGAGGCUGAUCAAGCAGACUGAACUGGUGUUCAAGAUGGAGAAGAACUUUGCCACAGCAUCCUACAUAGCUAGUCACAUCAAGAUUCCCAAAUUCCAGGUACUGCUCACGAAAAUAUCCCACAUCUGCAAGCACGACUGUAAACAGACGAGGGUCUUCAUGCUCCCGAACAGCCCCAAAAAGGGAAACAGGCUCUUCUUUGUGCGAGAUAAGACGUGUACCGAGACCAGCCUGCCGUCGCACUUGCUCUGCAACAUCAUGGAGUGCCUCAGGAACCGGGAGGCGUUCGACAAGGGCGACAACAAGGCCAGCACGAGGACCAAACGUGGCAGCCGUAUUCGUCGCGGAGGCAGUGACUACAUCCGCGACGGAGGCAACGACUUGAAGGAGCUCGAAGCCAACGUGACUGAACUCGUCAGCGAGAAGAUGGAGUACAUGAUCGAUUCUCACGGGGCGCUCGCCGACCGCAUGAGUACCCUCGAAGAUAAACUGCAAAAGAUCACGGAAUUGCUCGUUCAAGGCAUCUACAGCAGCACCGGGUCAGAGCCUCCCAGUUCUAGCAGAGGGCAAACGAUGGCGGAGUUCCUCGUUCAUGCCAAGAAUUCUGUGUCGGUUCCUUCCAGUGCCAGAGAAGUGCAAGUCAGAGAUACGAAUGAAGAGCAAGAGUCGUAGAUAUUUCUUAGAUGUAGACAGAACCGAAGCACAAACCAAUUUAAUGUGUCAAGGUCACAACAAUAUGGCGGAAAGAAAGUUUAUUUAUAAUGUUAUGGCCGCAAAAGAGGUCUAAUCCAGAAAGCAAAAUUGCUCAACUGAAAUACCUCGUCAUGACUGAUCUUUCGAAAAUGCAUUGCCAACAUGACGCGCCAGAAAUGACAAAGCAAAUUCAGUGAGCUGCAUUUUCACGUGGCAGUUUAUUCUCUUGAGAAUCGUUACCAAUCACUCAGAAUAUAUUGAUGUUAAAGUUGUUACUUAUCAAACAUCUCGCUGACGAUGUUUAGUCAGGAAAUUUCGUUUUAGGCAUGCAGUAGGUUUUGGGAUGAAGUCGUCAAGUGUGGGUCAAAAAAUGCGUUCAUAAAUGCGUUUCUAGACGACAAGAGUCAAGUUCUGUCUGUCAUAGAUUCUGAGCAGCCUCCCACGUCAUAAACAUACACAGACGGAUAGACUAUAUUGAUUAUAUUAACCAGAACCAUGUAUUUUUAUUGCCAUAAUAAUCUGUUGAGUUUA